UAUAUCAUUACAAUAUAUAACAAAAUUAUUUUAUUACUCUCCGAGAUUAUAAGCACGAUUAUAUUAUUAUUUUCUCGAUCAAUAAUUCAAAUAAUUACAAGCAACGAGCUCACAAUUAAAAUACCAUCGUAGUAAUUCUACUUAAACAAAAUACCUAGAUUAGAUUCUGUUCUUCCUCUUUCUUUACAAAUCCUAUCAACUCCUUACAACUCCAACACUAACACGAUCCCCACUAACUAAUUUCCUUCAAACAAACCUUUAUUUAUACGCACGCAAGAAUGAAAAAAAAAAAAAGAAACGGAAGAAAAGGAUAAACAAUCGUCAGGAUGGAAUUUUAUUCAAGGAUCAAAAAAAAAAAAAAAAAAAAAAAAGAAGAAGAAGAAAGAAAGAAAGGGCUCGUUAACAGGAUGCAAUUUCGGUCGAAUGGGCGAUUCUCUGUCUUGGGGAACGGAAAUCGCGCACUUCGUUACCCGCGCGCGGCAAUUAGCCUCUUAAUUACCCGAAGCUUCUUCCCUCCACGAACGACGAUCCGAAGAUCCUCCCGUGGGAUCCUGCGGGGAAGCGCGUCUUGCGCGGGGAAAUCGAUUUCUCGGAUGCAACGCGAGGAUGGGCGGGGAAAGCAGGUUGAAAGAACGCUCCGGUGUUUGGACGAGAUUUGUUUACCCUUUGUCGUUGCCGGGCGAAAAAAUGGGGAAAACCGAGAGAGAAAAUUUUGGACGAUUCCCCUCUUUCUUUCCGAUUCGUCGAGCCUCUAAUUUAUUAUUAGGAAAAGAGAGAAUAAGAAUUGUUUCCUCGUUCAAUUCAAAUUUUCUAAUUUAACGUACAAUUGAUUUGAAUAUCAUGAGCAAGAAUCUGAGAGAGUCUCCAAUUUGUUAACUUGCAAUGCAAGAAGAUUAUAAUAAAUGCAUCUGGUCGUAUUUUGAAUUUUUGAAUUGCAAGAAUAUUCAUCUAUCGUAUACCUUAUUAAAUCGACCAUUUAAUAAUUAUAUUGAUUGAAAACAGGGAAAGACGUACGACAUGUAUUUCCCUGCGAUUCGAAUCCAGGUCGAAAGGGGAGGAGGAGAAGGGGAGGGCCUUAAACAAAUUCCCCCGUUUCAUCUUAUCCUCGCGAACGGCAGUAGGACGGCAGUAUUUGCCGUUGUCACGAUCUUUUUAUCUCCUCUCCGUUGAAUUUCCGACCACGUGCCACCGCCUAAUACCUUAAUAACUGGGAACAAUGUUCCCUCCUUUCACGGCUCUAUCCCUCGAAGGACGAGGAAUAUUAUUCGCGGGGAGUCGGUGAAAAGUGGGCCAAAUUGGCGUCCACCCGGUUGACAACCGGUUAUUAAACAGUAGUCUUCUUUAAUUAACCGGAGUAAAGUUGCGCCAACUUGGACCGAUGAAAGUCUAACCCUCAAUUAAAUACAAUCGGGAGGAAAUUUCUGAGAAAUUUUGCACACUUUGAACAGCAUAUAUUUCUCUUCGAAAUUUUCUCGCGAUAUCAUAUAUUUACGAUGAUUCAUCUUCAUGGAAUUUUUAUAAAAAGAUUUUUCUUGAAUAUUAAUAUUUUUCGUUCCACCAUUCCGCUUUCGAUAAUUCAUUUUCGAAAGAUUCUUUUCCAGAGGAGAAGAGAGAUGGCAGAGACCUCUAGGCGAUUACGUCGUGGGUGCGAAAAAAAGAACAAUAAACGUGGAAACGAAGUUCGUUAGUCGAAUAGAAUUGGCCGACGACACCGAACUGGCUGGAAUCCUUUUAGUAUGCCCUCUGACGAAAUUCUGAGGUCGUAGUUGCGUUAGGUGAAUUCGUUAGCGAAACUUUCCUCGUAUAUAUAUAUAUAUAUAUAUAUAUACGCGUAUAAUACGCAUACCGAGCAACAGCCAAUCGAAACACGCGACAAAAGGGUGGUGAGGCGACAAAUUAAUUAAACUCUUCUGCUCGUUUUAUAUUUUAAUGCCGCGAUUACGCGCGACGCUCGCGUGAUACCCUCGCUUCACCUGUUAACUGCACGCGCUUUACGUUGAAGUGAUAAAAUUAAUUAAGGAUAAGUGAAAAAAGGGAAUAAAUUUAAAAAAAAGAGAGAGAAAAAAAAGAAGAGAUUAAAUCAAUUCGAUCGUUCUAACGAGCUUUAGUUAUCGAUAUAUAUAUAUAUAUUUUCUUUACUUGUUUUCAUUCAAGAAUUCUUUUUCAAACUUCUUCAGAAAAAGUUUUCUCUCAAGUUGACAACAAUGCCCGAUCAAGAUCGUGGAAAGUUUUUUUCAACCGGAUGGAUAAUAAACUUCUCUCAACUUGUCCUCACGAAAGAAGUAUCAAGGGACGUCAUCGAUUGCUGAGCGGCAAGAGACGAAAAAUCAGCUGGCUGGUGAAUCGUCGAAUCGUCGAGAGACAGGAGCACAGCAUAACGCACACUGAGAUCACGCAGAGACGCGUUCUCCAGGAGAAGGGCCCCGACAUGCCGCAAUACACCGGACAGAGUGAUGCAGAUUACCACGGAAGUAACGGCCAGGCGGAUACCCAUUCGUUGCAUUCGUCUCAUUUGUCUGUCCAGGAGGAUCCAUUACUCAUCCGGAGCCAUAAGCAGCAAACCACUCAACAAGUAACAAACGUCUCGAAGGUCGUGCGCGAGGUAUCACACAUGGAGCCGGAUCCGGGCGCGGUCAGCUACAUGUCGGUGCCGUUGAUGUCCCAGGACUAUCAACACGCGGACCGACGAUACCCGGCCGACUCUUACAUGGUCGGUUUCGAGCAUUACGAGCCCUACCUCGGCUAUCCGCCCCAACCAGGGUAUCCAGGACCUCAUGGAAUCUACAUGCCCCGCUCGCAUUCCCCUCACAGUCCUCACAGUCCUUCGGAGCACAGUCGUGCCUCGCCUCCGCAUGAAUACCUGCGCAAGGCGGCGCCGUACGUGGAAGGAGGUUACAACGACAUCGAUCCAGGUUUGAAUCCCGCGUUGCAAGAUCAUUAUCGUAUUACUCCUAGCCCUGGUGGUCCUGGAGAUCAAUAUGAUCAAAUCAGCAACUCUUGGAAUAUGGAUGACUCUGGCGAACCCUCUCAGCAUCCUCAUGACGAGAAUAAAGUGGCCUACGGUUACGUGUCUCCGUCCCCAUACGGACCGGUCGGAUACGGCCCCGGUGUCGGGGUAGGUCCGGUCGCAGUCCCCAGCGACGUGCCCGGCUACGACGAGGGCCACCCGGUUCCACUCCCCUCGGGCGUGCCACCGGGUAUGUUCGACGACGAGGUCCACCUGCAACGGUUGCAGUCCCGCCACCCGGUGGUGCCGGGGAUGGCCAGCCCGCUGGACGACGACCAAAAGUCGAUGAGAUGGCGGGACCCGAAUCUGUCGGAGGUGAUAGGCUUCCUCAGCAACCCGAACAACAUCAUCAAGGCGAACGCGGCCGCGUACCUGCAACAUCUGUGCUACAUGGACGAUCCCAAUAAGCAGAAGACGCGUAGUUUAGGUGGUAUACCGCCGUUGGUGCAGUUGCUCGACCACGACAAUCCCGACGUGUACAGGAACGCGUGCGGGGCGUUGAGGAACUUGUCGUACGGGAGGCAGAACGACGAGAACAAGAGGGCCAUCAAGAACGCGGGCGGCGUCCCGGCGUUGAUCAAUUUGUUGCGCAGAACGUCUGACGCCGACGUGAAGGAACUGGUUACGGGGGUCCUGUGGAAUUUAUCCUCGUGCGAGGACCUGAAGAAAUCCAUCAUCGACGACGGCGUGACGAUGGUGGUGAACAACAUAAUAAUCCCUCACAGCGGCUGGGAUCCGAGCUCCUCGAGCGGGGAGACGUGCUGGUCGACGGUGUUCAGAAACGCUUCAGGCGUGUUGAGAAACGUGUCGAGCGCCGGCGAAUACGCGAGGAAGAAGCUGCGCGAGUGCGACGGUUUGGUCGACGCCCUCCUCUACGUGGUCCGAUCCGCCAUCGAGAAAUCGAACAUCGGGAACAAGAUCGUGGAGAACUGCGUGUGCAUCCUGCGAAACCUGAGCUAUCGGUGCCAGGAGGUGGAGGAUCCGAACUACGACAAGCACCCGAUCCAGUCGACCGUUCAGAACAGGGUAGCCGCGCCCGCCAAAGGUGAGAAUCUUGGUUGCUUCGGGGGCAGCAAGAAGAAGAAGGACGGGCAACCGGUGCAAAAAGAGACGACCGCGUCGCGCACAACGACCAGCCCGAGAACCGAGCCUGUCAGGGGCAUGGAGCUCCUCUGGCAACCAGAGGUGGUCCAAUCCUAUCUGAAGUUGUUGCAGACAUGCUCGAAUCCCGAGACCCUCGAGGCGGCGGCAGGCGCGCUUCAGAACCUCGCAGCCUGUUAUUGGCAGCCCAGUAUCGAGAUUCGGGCUGCUGUGAGAAAGGAGAAAGGGCUUCCCAUUUUGGUGGAGCUGCUGCGGAUGGAGGUGGACCGCGUGGUCUGCGCCGUGGCCACGGCUCUCAGGAAUCUCGCGAUAGAUCAGCGGAAUAAAGAGCUGAUAGGAAAAUACGCGAUGCGCGAUCUCAUUCAGAAAUUACCCUCGGGGAAUAAUCAGCACGAUCAAGGAACCAGCGACGAUACGAUCGCCGCUGUCCUCGCCACGUUGAACGAGGUGAUCAAGAAGAACGCCGAGUUUUCGCGAUCUCUGUUGGACGCUGGGGGUGUCGACAGACUGAUGAAUAUCACCAGGCAACGCCAGAAGUACACGCCCCGUGUUCUUAAAUUUGCAGGACAAGUCUUGUUCACAAUGUGGCAGCACCAAGAGUUGAGAGAUGUUUAUAAGAAACAUGGUUGGAAGGAGCAAGAUUUUGUAACGAAAACAGUGGCUGCGCGGAAUUCAGGGCCUAAUUCACCCAACAACGCGAAUAGCACGCUGAAUCGACCGAUGGCGAGUCAAGGGAGCACCAGAUACGAGGACAGAACGAUCCAGAGAGCGAACAUGAAUUCGAAUAACGUUGGUCGACCUACCAUUUAUCAGCCUCAACCGAAACCCGGUGAGCCGCUCUACGCGCAAGUUAACUUGGAGAAGAAAAAGAAGCGGCAGUAUGAGCUGGGGGUGGGCCAGGCGCAGGGUCAGGGGCCGGUGGUCGGCUCGGGGGUGGCGCCCAGUGUGCCCGCGGCCGGCCAGUGGGUGGCCGACGGCGUGGGCGUCCCCGACGGCUCGGCCGCCACAUCGACGGUGAACGUGCCACCCAACUCGACGGCCGCCUCCGCGGGCGACUCCUGGGUAUAACAGGCCCUUGUCCAGGAUCCAACCGCCAGGAUCCCUUCCUCGAGGCUGCCCCAGAAUCGGAACAACGUUUCCUCCCCACCCCCCAGGGGGGAGAAUUAGAGGAGGAGCACUCUCUGCUGCUUUCGUUUCCGACGAAGAGGGGGGGAGAGGGGGGAAGUCUGGAUAUCGGAGGGAUUGAAUGAUAGAGAGGGCAUUGAGCAUGGACGACAUUUUAUUAUUAAUUAAGAGUUUUCUCUUCUUUGUCCGGGUUAGUUUCCUCAUCGAGAGAAGAAUAGGAGAAGAAGAAGAAGAAGAAGAAGAAGAAAAGGAAGAGGAUGUAGUGAGGAAGGGGAGAUUUUUGGGUCGUCGAGUAUAUCUGCUCGAGGCGUAUAUCAUAUUCUUUCUUUGGGAAAGAGCAAUAGAGAGACGGGAAUAUAGAAAUUUGUUUUUGAAGGAAAAGAAGAAAAAAGGAAAAAAAAAAAAAAAAAGAAAUCGCACUCCGCACCCCCAUGUUAUUAUAUCGAUGUAUAGUAGAUGAACAUUAGUAAGGAACGAAAAGGGAAAAAAAAAAAAGAAAAAAACAGCGACUUGUCCGACCACAUCCGCAGCAGUAGUCGCACCAAUGGCUCUAAACCUUCAUUGCACAAUUCUAAAUUAAUAUAUACUAUAUAUAUAUAUAAAUAUAAAUAUAAAUAUUAUAUAUAUAUAUAUAUACACUCACACUUACACAAACACAUACAAACACAUACACACAUGUAUAUUUUAACAACGGUCAAGAUAACGGGAUAAGAAUGAACCUCGUGGCCGUUAAAAUUACUACUAAGGAUAAGUAGGCGGUAUUAUUACGAUUAUUAUUAUUAUUAUUAUUAUUAUUAUUAUUAUUAUUAAUAUCAUCAAGUACGAUGCGGUGGUGUUGCCGCCGUUAUAAAUACAGGAAGGGUAUAAAAAUGAAUGAAUAUAUAUAAAUAUAUUAUAUAUAUAUAUAGAGAUAUAUUAUACAUACACCACGGUACACCACGAUCACAGACACGCGAUUAGACAGCGCAUCGAUUACUUAUUAUUAUUAUUAUUAUUAUAUUAUUAUUGUAUUACGUAAACUUCUGAGGCUGUGGGUGUGGCAUGUUACACGAUGAUGUUUCGAAUAUUUGCGAGCUGCACUUUUUAUUUUUUUUCUUUUCUCCGAUUUUUUUUCCCAAUUGAGUGUGCGCGAGAGAGAGAGAGAGAGAGAAUGCGUGAAAAAGGAAAUGAGAAACAAAAAAAGGAGAAGAAAAGAAAGAAGAAAGAAAAUGGAAAAUGGAUGAGAGAGAGAGAAAGAGAGAGCGAGCUACCAUUCUGAUACUUUUGUCUGCCUGUCCGUAUAUAAAAAAAAAACUGUCCACUCGCGAACGUAGUAACGUAAGAAAAAGAGAAGAGAGAAAGAGAGCGAGCGAGUGAGCGAGCGAAAGAGAGAGAGAGAGAGAGAGAAGAAAAAGGUAUCUUAAAAAAGUCUGCAUUUAUUCUCGAGAAAUAAGACAGAAAGAUAAGAAGCAAGAUGAGCAAAGAGGAGAGAGAGAAUUUUUUAUGGUUCUUCGCUGUUAUUGUACUUCUUCAUAUUCUAGAUUAUCGCGAUAAAAAUGAUUCGAAAUAGAAAAGAGAGAGAGAGUGAAAAAAAAGGAUGGCGAAAAUGGAGGAUGGAGGAAAGAGGGGGUUUAACGAAAGUAUAAAGAACGGAUAAAGUGGGAAUAAUGUGAUGUUCAAUGUUAUCAGAAUGUUUGACAGAGAUGACAUUAUUGAUAGCCGAUAUACAUAUUAUAUAUAUAUAUAUAGAUAUAUAUACAUAUAUAUUAUAUAUAUACAAAUAAAUAUAUCCUUGUUCUAUUUCUUAAAUAAUAUUAUUACGACAGUUGAAAGAGAAUAAAAAGAAAAGAAAAGAAAAGAAAAAUCGAGUGUGUUCGCGAUUAACGAUUAUAUAAUAGUCAUCAGAGAGAGAGAGAGAGAGAGAGAGAGAGAGAGAGAGAGAGAGAGAGAGAGAGAGAAAGUAUAACAUCAACGCGCGAAGCGCGUUAAAAAAAUUAUUAUGCACGAUUGAUAAUUCACCUUCGUCGAAUUCAGAAUUAUAUAUACACAAAUCUAUAUAUAUAUAUACACAUACACGUACACACACACACACACAUACACAGAGUUAGAAGAAAAAGUAUGAUAUAAACCGUUUCUUCGCGGUCACGAUCGAUCUAAAAUUGAAAGAGAGAGAGAAAGAGAGAGAAAAAGAAAGAUAAGAAAAGAAAAAUCGAUCGAUCCCGUCUAUCGUCGUCUCGCUGUAUAACCGGUCAAAAUCCAAAGCGUCGUUCAUCCUUUAUCUCCUCGAUCUCUGUCAUCCAUACGUAGUCGUCCAUACGCACUUUAUCCCGUAUUUUGUACAUACAUGCAUACAUACAUACAUACAUAUAUAUAUAUAUAUAUAUUCAUCCUCCGCGUGUUCAAUGGAGGAUCUCACGAGAUCGAACGAGAGACGAGAUCGAAUAAUCGGAAAUAAUCGGAACGUACGAUCGUAGACGAGAAGCAAGAAGCGGAAAGCUGUAUUUCGCCAGGUAAUACUCUCGAUAACGGGUAAUCGAUCGAUCGACCCUCCUCGAGGAGGAAUCGAAGCGAGCUAAUCGCGCGAUCGUUUCUGCUCCCUUUCGCAAUGCCACCGUUUUAACAUCGCUGUUACAACGUAUAUCGCGACCAGGCGAGACAUCGUUACGAUAUAUAUAUAUAUAUAUAUAUAUAUAUAUAUACACGAAGCAGUGUUUCAUCGCGACGAUUCGUAACGAAUCUGUAGCAGAAACGAGGGCGCGUUUCGAGUUGUGAAGCGAAUUAAAAAGAAAAAAAAGAAAAAAAAGAAAAACCUCGCGUCUCGAAGAGAGGCGAAUCAUUUUCGAGCUUAUCGUACGGAUCCUGUUACCAGAUCCUCCGGCGCGCCAAUUCGCCUCUUAGAGGGCGCCUCUUGGACCAUUCCGCUCAACGUGACACGCGCGGCUCCGAUCAAUCCUCGCCCCCCUCUUCCACCUUCUUCUUCGAAUCCUCAAGCUCGGAAUUCGAAAUUCGUUCGAGGAACAUUGGAAUUGAAUGGAAUUGUUAACGGAAAGUUAAUUUUCAAGGAUUGGAAUUUCUUUUUUUAUUAUUAUUAUUAUUAUUAUUAUUUUUUUUUUCUUUUGAAGAAUUACAAAUUCUUUUGAAGAAUUACAGAACGGGAUCGAAAUCGUAUUCGAGGAUAAAAUUGAUCGAGAUCGGCGACGUUCGUUGGAAGGUGUUGGUUGGGUGGGUCGAGGGGGAUCGGGGGAGCCGCCACGAUCUACACGAACGAAACGAACAUUUUUGAUAUCCGCUUUUUUAUUGUUUUCACGUACCAGCGUUUCUAAUUUUCUACGAGGAUUCUAACGAGCGAGAGAGAGCGAGAGUGAGUGAGUGAGUGCGUGCGUGCGUGCGUGUGUGUGAGAGAGAGAAAAUUGGUGGAGGGAGAGACGAAGGAUUUUUGUAAAAGUAGUCUGUGGAGUGACGCGCUCGCAGAAAAAGAAGAAAAAAAGAAAAAAAAAAUGAAAAAAAUGAAAAAAGAAAAAAAAAAGAAAAAUUCGUUCGAAGAAAAUGUCGCACGGUGGGAAGGCUGACCAACUUGAGAAUUUGCAUUUUUGCAACAGGAAAAACUUGAAUCGUUUCAAAUGGAAAUUUUUAAAUAUCGCUCGGAUCAUUUUUCGAAUUUUAUCUUCGUACAUAUCUUGGAAUCGAUUUGUCGAUUGAUUUAAAUGAUAAAAUUGAUUUUCGUCCCUACUUUUUUUAAAGAAAUUUCACCAUGUGUUUUCGAAAUUUUUCUUUCCAAAAUUUCUAUAUAUAUAUAUAUAAAAUACUUUUUCGAGAGGAGCCAAGUUUCCAGAUAUUCCAAGCAUUGUUGUUCGGCCUUCGACAAGAGGAGGGAGGAAAGUGGAAAAAAAGGGGAAAAAAAAAAAAAAACGAAAAAGAGCGUCCGGAAUUUUUGAAACGCGAUUUUACUAGCGAUUUUUACGUCGUUUUUUACACGGUUCUCGCCGGCCUAAGGAGCUGUCCUUUCCACGAACGGCUGCUCGUGCAUUUGCCGCUUUCUCGCGGCGCAGACCUCGCGGAGAUCGAUUUAAAAAAAAAAAAUUAUCCCCUAAAAAAAAAAAAUAUAUAUAUAUAAAAUAUUAUAUAUUGUAUUAAAUCGAGGGGAAAAUUGUUGGUAAAAAAUUUCCAAAAAUCUAUUAUU